CAACCAUGUCGGGGGAAAAGGAAGCUGCAGGUAAGUGAAAGUUAGAUCAGGUCAUGUAAAAUACAUUAAAAGUAAAAACUAGUGAUGGAAAGAGAGUAAGAUGAGAAUAUGAGAAUUGCUCACUGUGGCCAAUAAUGUCCAUCGAGUGAUCAAUGCUAAAGGGCAGUCAUUAGAAUGCAGAAUAAAUAACAAACAGCCCACAGUGAAAUAAAACGAGGUGUGCAAUGACAAAUAUCUUGACACCGUGAAUGUAUUUUGGAAUCGUUGUUCAGGGUGGCACAUGUUGACAUGGGGGUAUUUUUCAAUUAGGGGACUUUAGAAGCCUGCAUUAGAGAGACGUCUGUUGAUUUUAAUAUAGUUUAAAAAAAAAUAAAAAAAUACAUUUUCUAGAAAAGGUAAAACGUGGGCAUCAUAACUGUUAGUCUAUGGGUGAUUUCAUAUCAAUUAUUUCAGGAUUCCCUAUACUCCAGUACAGUGAAAUGAUGAGAACCAAAUUUAGAGCCCAGGAGUGGUAACCAUGGAAACUGAUGAUGGUGUUCAAUGGAAUAGAGCACUAAAUAUAACUCCCUCACGCCUGGCAGGAUUAAAAAUAACAAACACCAGGUAUUGCAUUAUGUAACUAUGAUUUCCAUAGGUAUGCACAACUCGGGGUUGACACCCAGAAAUUAUUAUUGAUAUUAUUAAUUUUUAACCAAUAGGCAAAUUACUACUGAAAAUGUAAACACAAUGGACAUGUGUGUUCAUAUAAAAACUAAAUAAAUAAAAUGUAACCAUUCAUUUUUUUAUUAUUUCCAUCUAAAUUAUUAUUUUAUUUUUGCAGGGCUUAGAAUAACAUAUUAGUUUGCGAUGUCAUGACAGGAAUAACAAGUGUCAAAAUAACAUAAGUAGCUAGUCACAUGAUCUAUGAAAUACCUAGCACAAUAUUUAAAUGGUAUAGGAACAAGAUGAGCAGUUAUGUCUAAGUUCUGGGCAAGAUAAGGUCAUGAGGCGAUACAGACAUGAUGGGAACAGACAAGGAUCUGAAGUUAGUAUCAUGUUGAGGUGAACAAGUGAGAACUGCUGGACCUAAUCACAAUGUUAAGCACAUACUCCAAACAUAAUAAGGUGAAAGUAAAAGAGAACAUUUCAAAAUCAAACAAACAAAUUUAAGCUUAGUAAAAUGGCAGCUACAGUGAAAGUUAGAGCACGUUGUUAAGACUACAAUCAAUCACAUUAUGUGGAAGUGGGAUUGCUUGAGUAAAUUUAGAGUCAUUUGCAUACAGUGCUCAAUGCUCCACAGCAGGCCCCCAGUAUCCAGAGGACCUUGGUAAAAGAUCAGCAGGUUCGUCCUGGCACUCGCGAUAUAACCAUUGCGCUUUAGCUGUGAUUCCAGCACUGCAGAGGUAUCUCCUGCAAGAUGACCAGGAGCCCAAUCAGUAUAUGUCCUGCCAGUUGAAGGUCUGAGUGAAUUAAGGGCUGCCCAUAACCCCCAGAUAUCAGAAGUCCCCCCUAAAGCUAGCAGUGGGGAGGAUCCUCCUUUCCAUAGCUUGUUUGAGUCUGACAGUCUUGCAUAUUGUGUAUGCUAGUCUUCUUGCUUGCCAUAGCUUGCUUAACCUAUGCAGCUGCACAUUCAUGAACAGUUGCAGUGGCAAAUGCACCUAGUCAACUGAUUGUGAGGAACAAUUAUCUAUUGCGUAUCAAAAUAAGCCAGGUUUUGGGAAGUAAAUAGUCUGGGUAAGUCAGGAAUCAAAUUAGACAUGGUGCCAAUACUGAAUAUACUGACUGUAAACUUAUUUAUGGUUUACAUUCGGUAUAUUCAGUAUUGGCACCAUGUCUAUUUUGAUUCCUGACUUGCCCGGACUACUUACUUUCCAAACCCUGGCUUAUUUUCUGCCUAAAUUUUGACUGACAUAUUUUACAAAUCUUUUAAAUCAAAAAUAUUUUUUACAGAGGCACUUGUUACAGAUUUACAAAGGAAAAUCACAGAAGCUUUUAAUGUUUUUGACCAUGAAAAUAACCAAACUGUGGAUGUCCGGUAAGUGUGUAUGUUUUACAAAUUCAGUAAAUGGUGACCUUGUUGAGAUGUAAAAAACAAGUUUAUGUUAUCAAUUAUGAAACAUAGCAACCAUAGCUCUAACCUAACGUUUUGCCACCUAGCAGUACUUGAGGUUAUGAAAAAAAAUGUGGAACGAGAUGUCCCAAAUUUUCCUUGUUUUUGACUAUACUGUGUGAAAAAGUAAGUCAAUCAUACAGCUACAUAGAAUGUUGUAGUUGGUUCAAGUAAAUUAAAUGUUUAUUAUCUAGUCUGCUACACUGUGGUAGAGAAAGGGUUGUCUUUAGAGGGCUACUCCAGCCAAAAACCAGUGUUAAAAAAACAUUAUUUUAUUUGUUGUAACCCUUGCUGGCAUGGCUUCCAUUUUAAAAAUAAAUAAAUAAAUGAAAAUGUCAUCUGUAAUCCGGAGCUUUACAUGGUGAGGGGGUAUAUCCCUUAUCAAAAUGGUAAAUUGAUUUUAAAAGUACAUGGAGCAUGAACAACAGUAUCACCUGCAGGAAGUCUUGUAAUAUCUUUUUUAUUGGACUAAGAACUUUGGUUUGACAUACUUUCAGAAGAUCCACCUUUUCCCAAGACCUUAGACUGGAGAAAUGGAGGAUCUCCCAAAAGAUUGUUAUUCCAAAUAUAUUAUAUACAUUAAUCAGCCACAACAUUAAAACCACUGACAGGUGACAUGAAUAACAUUGGUUAUAUCAUUACAAUUAUUACAAUGGCACCUGUCAAGGGGUGGGAUAUACUAGGUAGGAAGUGAACAGUCAGUUAUUAAAUUUCAUGUGUGAGAAGCAGGAAAAAUGAGCAAGUGAAAAAAUCAGAGUGACCUUGACAAGGGCAAAAUAGUGAUGGCUAGACCACCGAGUCAGAGCAUCUCCAAAACGGCAAGUCUUGUGAGGUGUUCCCAGUAUGCAGGGGUUAGUACCUACCAAAAUAAUUGCAAGGAAGGACAACCGGUGAACCGGCGUCAGGGUCAUGGGCGCCCAAGGUUCAUUGAUGGAUGUGGGUAGCAAAGGCUAGCCCGUCUGGUACACUUACACAGAAGAGCUACUGUAGCUCAGAUUUCUGAAAAACUUAAUGCUGGUCAUGAUAGAAAGGAAUCAGACACAAACACAAUGCAUCACAGUUUUCUUUGUAUGGGACUGUGUAGCUGCAGAUCGGUCAGAUGAUGACCAUGUGACCAUGAUGACCCCUGACCCGACUGAAAGAGCCUUCAAUUGGGACGUGAGUGGUGAGUGCAGAACUGGGCCAUGGAGCAAUGGAAGAAGGUUGCCUGGUCUGAUGAAUCACGAUUAUUUUUAGAUCAGGUGGAUGGCCAGGUGUAUGUGUGCAGCAGGGAUGUACUAUGGGAAGAAGGCAGACCAACGCAGGCAGUGUUAUGCUCUGCUGGGAAACCUUGGGUUCAUGGAACCUGGCAUUCAUGUGUAUGUUACUUGGACACAUACCUAAAGAUUAUUCCAGAUCACAUACACCCCUUCAUGGCAAUGGUGUUCCCAGAUGGCAGUGGCCUCUUUCAGCAGGAUGAUGCACCCUGCCAGACUGCAAACAUUGUUCAGGAAUGGUUUGAGGAACAUGACAAAGAGUUGAAGGUGUUGCCUUGGCCUCCAAUUUCCCCAUAUCUCAGUCUGAUUAAUGACAUCAGUUGGAUGAGCUGGAACAACAAUUCCAUGCAACUUCAGGACUUAAAGGAUCUGCUGCUAAUGUCUUCAUGCCAAAUACCACAGGACAUGUUCAGAGGUCUUGUGAAGUCCAUGCCUUGAUGCAUCAGAGUUUUUUUGGCAGGAUGGAGGGACCUAUAAGAUAUUAGGCAGGUAGUUUUAAUUUUGUGGCUGAUCAGUAUGUGUAUAUAUGUACACCUAACACAUUAAUAUUUGUUAUGCAAAGCAAUGAAAAAGCACCCAGAAGUGACAGUUCCUCUUUAAACCUAAAAAUUACAAUAAUCUGGUACUAUCCUAUGCGCUUCACCAAGAAAUGCAAGAUCUCAUGAUAUGAUGUAUAGUAUUAAACAGCCAUAUGUGUGUACAGAGAAAAAGUAACUAACCUAAAGAGGAUGCUUAAAGAUAAAAAUAAGAAUAUAAGUAUGUAUUAGAUAUUUGGUUCCCUUGAAAAUUAAAAUCAUCCCAAGAACAAUAGCCUCAGGAUGAAUAAAAAAUACACAUAUUUAGUAGCAAUAGCAUUAAAACCAUAAGUGGCCACUAAAGCUAUAUUGAAAAACAAAAAUGCUGCAUAAAACGUUUAGCAAAGCAUUAACACUUAUACCUACGGAAGUAGCCCAGCAAUGGCAGAGGAAGACGUUUGAAUAAUGUGUUACAAAGGAUACUUCAAAACAAGAUGCAGAUAUAACAGAUAUUACAAACAAUGUUGCGAGCUCCCAGCAAUAAUGGAGUUAUAGUAUCUACUUGUAAGAAAAUAUCAAUUGACAUAAAAGAGCUGGAUAUCCUCAGUACAUGUAAGCGACAAUGAUGAUGGUUCCCUUCCGCAGGCUAGUAUGAGGCUGGACUGUUCGCUAAUUAUGGGUACUUACCACCAUGCGGAUUUAAAGGUACACUAUAGUCACCUGAACAACUUUAGCUUAAUGAAGCAGUUUUGGUGUAUAGAACAUGCCCCUGCAGCCUCACUGCUCAAUCCUCUGCCAUUUAGGAGUUAAAUCCCUUUGUUUAUGAACCCUAGUCACACCUCCCUGCAUGUGACUUGCACAGCCUUCCAUAAACAAUUCCUGUAAAGAGAGCCCUAUUUAGGCCUUCUUUAUUGCAAGUUCUGUUUAAUUAAGAUUUUCUUAUCCCCUGCUAUGUUAAUAGCUUGCUAUACCCUGCAAGAGCCUCCUGUAUGUGAUUAAAGUUCAAUUUAGAGAUUGAGAUACAAUUAUUUAAGGUAAACUACAUCUGUUUAAAAGUGAAACCAGUUUUUUUUUUUUUUUCAUUUAGGCUCUGUCAAUCAUAGCCAGGGGAGGUGUUGCUAGGGCUGCAUAAACAGAAACAAAGUGAUUUAACUCCUAAAUGACAGUGAAUUGAGCAGUGAAAUUGCAGGGGAAUGAUCUAUACACUAAAACUGCUUUAUUUAGCUAAAGUAAUUUAGGUGACUAUGGUGUUCCUUUAAGUGAUACAGAAAAUCCACAAGUAUAGUGUGCUUUAAAUCUGCAGUAUGCCAAUGUGUGAGUGAUAUACUCCAAAUCUGCAGCAAACAUAUCUGUGAAUGCAAUAAAUUCAAAUACAGCAGUGCACGUGUUAGAUCAAAAAGGAGAUAUGGAGCAAUGCUCACUACCUCCUGUCUGGAUCGUUCUCUAGCUACUGCAGAAGAACUUUGGAUCCCAAUAAGAUAAUUGAUCAAUUCCACAUUGUAGAGCUCUUGGACGAAUAAGUAAACAAUGAUAAAACCUCAGAUGAGUGGCAAAAAAUAGUAGAAUGAAUUGCAAUAAAUUCCGGUUUCCGCAUUUUGUCCGUAUCUCAGACUUUCUCAAGACCAAUUCAAUCUCAAGGUGACUUCCCUGGGAGUGUUCUUAUAAAAAGUUAUUGUCUCAAUUAAAAGAAAACCUGGGUUUCUUAAAGGAACAUAGCCACAGAGGAGUAAAAAGUUUGGAAAGGUAUCCGCAUACAGUUGAAACAAGAUAAUCAUACAGAUAUAUUGUUCAUAGUACAAGUAAAAUAAAACAAAAGGAAAGUUUAGGGACCAUAACAACUUCAUCUAAAUUAGGUUCUUAUGGUACCAGGCCCCCCAACUCACACUUACCUCAAGGUUUUAAACAGUUUUUGAGCGGUUUAUCCCCAAAGUUGCCUCCAGCGCCGAUCUCAGCUCCUCCCUAGGUGACAUACAGCUUCCGAAACCACGGUGUGCCACUGGGAAGGGCCAUUGCUGAUUGGCUGAAAGUGGUUAACUGAUGCUCCCAGCCAAUCUGUGACUCCCCAUUCACAAAACUGAUUUGGAAAAGGUACAUUUCUUUCCAAGCCACCUUUGUGAUUGGCUCAACGUGUCAACUGACAGCUCUCAGUUAAUCAGCUAACUGCUGCCUGGUGGCACUAUGCGAUUCCUGAAAAUGACAUUUCAGAAGCUCAAUGCUGCCUGGAGGGAGCUGAGAUCGGCGCUGAAGGCAACUUUGGGAUUAAAACGUUUGAUGCCUCAGAGAGUCCUUCCUCUUAUAUGUGCUGUCAGAAGUCUGGUUCAAAACAAGAUUCCAGUCACCCACUACCACUAAGACACCCACCAAUUUACUCAAUGUUCUCUUAAUAAACAGGACUUGAUGUGUGUUUGGGUCAUAUAAAUUUUUAAAAAGGAAACAUAAUAUCGUUUAUACGACCUUUUAACCAAAAGAAAGUGGCACUUGGCCACUCUUUGGCAUCCUCCUUGACUGAGAUCAUCAGAAGUGAAGAUCUCAGCCAAUCACAAUGCUUUCCCAUAGGAAAUCAUUGGAUUGGCUGAGAUUGUCAUUCUGAUGAUCUCAGUCAAGGAGGUUGCCUAGGGCAGAGCCAAAUACCGCCUUCGCCAAUCAGCAUCUCCUCAUAGGUAUGCAUUGAAUCAAAGUAUCUCUAUGAGGAAAAUUCAGUGCCACCAUGCAGAGGGUGGAGACAUUGAAUGUCAGUGCUGAACACCGUGCAGCACUGCCCCAGGAAGCAAUGAAGGCAUCCCUAGGCUGUAAUGUAAACACUGCCUUUUCUCUGAAAGGACAGUGUUUACUGCGAAAGGCCAGGAGGUACUAACUAUACUCACCAGAAUGAAUAUAUUAAGCUGUAGUUGUUCUGGUGACUAUAGUGUCCCUUUAAAUUUGGAAUCUCACUUUAGUCUGCUAGUCUUAAAUUAAAGAGCAUUCAAUUUAAUCUAUACAUUGUUCUAGCAGAAAUGCUAGCAAAUGUAUAUAUUUUUAUUUAAGACCCCUAAAUGCUUUGGACUCCUAGCCACCCAUCAAUCAAAUCCAUGACAAUAGACUGGCACACAGGAUAUAAUGCAUUGGAUAGAGUUACAGGGGGAGCACAAAAGUCUUCCCCCAGAUGGUUCUUUUGCUCCCUGUCCCUAUGUUAUUCUUACAGAAGGCAGUCUUCAAGCUUAGUGGCGGAUUAUGGGGAUUACUGAUGCCAGCAUGUUCGCAUCAGCACUGAGGAUUUCCAUGAUUAGGGAAGUCUCACAGGCAGAGCCAAUCAUAGCAGAGAGGGGUAGUAGUGGAGGGUUGGUGUUACAGCUUCAAAGAAUGGUGGUGCUGGAGCGAGUGGCUGCAGGUAAGUAAUUCUAUAAUAGAUCAUAAAUCAAUUAACAAGGUUAUCCAUUAAAGUGAGCAUUCAAGGUGAAUUCAAAGUUAAUUCCAUAAGGACAAAAUAUCCAAAAUGGCAAAUUAUUCCAAAUCAAUUAUGCUUUCAGUUCAGCUCCUAUGGCCUUAAAUUUUAAAUUUAGUUUGAAUUCUCACUUUAGUAAAUAACUCUGUAAAUAUAUGUCAUCUUGUAAUAAAUUAUAUAUAUGACAUCACACUCUACUUAAAAUAACACUCUAAACACCUAAAACAUUUUAGCUUGCUGAAGUGCUUUAUGUGUGAAGAAUGUGUUCUCUUAUUUUCAUUUUACAAAGAGCGCCGAUUUCAAUAGAAAUUGUCACUUUUAUAAAUUAUCCUUCCUACACCCCCAUAGUUUGUCAUUCACACAACCGGUUCUCUUACAUUUUGGUAGCUUAGCUCAGAGCACCUGCCUUGAAAAAAAACUUUUAUUGAACUGCAUUGGGCAGUCUGUAAUUAGACUGGGCUGGAUUAGAAGGGAGUGCUUGCAAAGGCUUCAGACAAGAGAUCUGCAAACAGUUUUUUUUAGGAAUACCCUAAUGUUGACUCAAUGGCUGUUGAGUACCCCUUUAAAUCAUAGCACAGUCAGGGCCCACAGUACAUUAAAAGUGGAGAACCAGAAUCUUUGGGGGUACUGUUAAAAAAAUAUUGUGUUCUGAAACGUGGUCUAAAUUACUAAAUAUAGGGCACUGAGAAUGGAAACUACUGAAACCAGCAGAAACAUUGCAGGUUCUCAGUGCCCACCCAUCACUGGGCCAAUGCACCCCCUGAAUCCUGGGCCAUAUAGCGAAAAAACAAAACAUAAAAACAGUAUUCUUUCCUAGCCGGUCCCUUAACAUGAAAAUAAUAAUGUUAGCUAAAUAAGCACUUGUUAACAUCUGCUGGAGUGAUGGAGUUUAGCAUUUUGAUAUGCAUGGUUAGCCUAUACGGAUUUCUACAGUAAUCUCCAGUCCCCACUCACAAUGUGGACAGAAUCACAUAUCAUCACACUUAGAACUAUAAAUAAAACUGCCUCACAGUUUUGGGUAUAAUUAACAAAUAUGCAUUUGAUUAAGGAGGAAAGUACUUUGAUUGACAUCACUGAGUAGUGUAAAUAUCAAUUAUUGUUUUUUUUAUAAUACAUAGUAAAUGAGAAAAGAUAUAAAGUAAAACUGCAAAAAAGCUGAUUUGGAUAACUUUUCAUGUGUGAAAGUUUUUAACUUUAAACUGUGAAUUGGAGGAAUUCAAUGUGGAUACUAGAUUUAGAGAAUAACCCUUUUGGUAUCCCACAAGUUGAGAUCAGUGUCUCCGUGAUAUCCUACAAGUACAGCAACAGUGUCUGUAAAAGGAAUAUAUGCAAAUUUUAAACAAAGUUUGAAGCUAUAACAAUAAUGACUAGGUCACAGAGUUUUAAAGUCUGAAAAAGGAAAAAAACAAAAACAAAUGUGUAACAAAUUGUUAUAUUUAAUGCACUUUGGCUGUACUACACGUUUAAAGUAACACUCCAAGAAGCUCAGCCACUCCAGCAUACUCUUUGCUAAUGGUUUGAAUUCUUAUCAAGGGUGCACCGGCUGCCCCUCUCUGCCAUUCUGCAGCCAGAAGCUCUCUUUUCUAAGCUAAGCUCGAUGGUGCACAGCUUAGCUUAAAGGGGAGACGGAGCAGUCAAAUGUUUAGCAAAUGGUUUACUGCUAACUGGGGGGAGGGCUCCAGGUCACUCCAAAGCCAUAUUACUACAGCACAUCGUGAUAUUUAUAACACUGUCUAUACAUUAAUCCAAUCAUUUCAUAAGCUUGCAUUCCACUGAAAGUCAGUCUUCAGUCAAAUUGCUACUCCAACCAUUUUUUGCACUGUACUCUAAUUAAAAAAUAAAUAAAAAACAGCAAAAAAGAGGGUUAAACCUUACCUUGAAUUUAGUGCCGGGCCAAGUUCUCCCAUGAUUGUGUCCCAGCUUUCCCUGUUGUCACGCAGCGUCAUCCUCUUUCUGUCCAUGCUCCAGUCAAAUGCUUCUCAUAGAAAAGCAUUGAUGGACCACUGAAUGCUAUAACACCGUGAGUGAAAGUUCAUCUCACCCAUAAAGACACCUUCCCCCCAGUCAAUAAGAAAAGGAAGGAUGGAGGGCGGUACAGAGGAUAGUAUAGAACAGUAUAGAACAGAGUUCCGGGCUCUCUAUUCAUGUGUUUCGGGAUAUAAUUACACCCCUGCACAAAAUGAUAUAUAUCUUUGUAUAGGCAGCUUUUCAACUAAAACGCUUCAGGUACAAAUUGCAUGCACUAUUACCACUUCUAAUAGUAGGAGUGGUCAUGGUAGUUGAAACAACCUUUUAAAAUCUGCUUGAGCUGCAAAAAAACUGCACUUCAUGAUGUCCCCGCUGGUCCACGAGGCAUUUUUUUCUCUCGCUUUCAAGAGGACCCAAAGACCUUAUGUCAUUGGGAGAGAUGCUCUUUUCAACUUCUUGAUCACACAUGUCAUAUAUUAUUUGCUUUUAUGUGGCACUAGCCUUCUUAUUAUUACAAUGGUGGCAGGGGCAUGUUUAUCUCAAUGAUGGCCUCACAGUUUUCAGCAUAAUGCAAACAAUGCAAUGGAUGCGAGGUCACCCACUGCAUCACUAUAGGUUCUAACUUUUAAAUGAUAUCUUUUUGAGACCAAUGUGAUUCACAUAUUUAUUUCCCUGGGACUUAAAACAUAAAAUGAAAUAAUAUUAAUGUGAUAUCUUUUUAAAAUCUCAUUUACAGUUAUGACGAUUUAGCAUCCUAUUACCCUAUGAUUUAUCAUACAGCUAUAGCAAUACACAAAAUUACAUUAUUCAAAUCAAAGGGCUGCAUUCUGUGUGAACAUUCCCAUAUCUACUAACAGAAUUUGUUGUUCUUUGUAGAGAGGUUGGGACAAUCAUAAGAUCUUUAGGAUGUUGUCCAACUGAAGGGGAACUCCAUGAUAUGCUGGCCGAGGUAAGAUUCUAGGACUUCUAAGGUGUAAAGUACCAUUGUUUUCAAACCUAUUCACUUGUGAUGAUGUAAUUUUGUCUGGUUUUAGUUCUGAAAAUCAAAGGUCAUUUCCUGAAAAGUUAGUUUAGUAUGAGGUGCUAAUAAAGGCGUACAUUAGCAUACAACAUAGGUACUAAUCCAUAAAGUUUUCUGACUUUCGUCUGGUAUCAAAGCAGUUACCAAAGCGAUCAUAGUCCACACUAUACAAACCUUUAUUUCUGCAGGCAACACUGGCACAUUUAGAAAAUAUUAUUGUCCUAAAACCAGGUUUUUAAAUGUGAUUUCACUGUUUAACCAUAGCCAACAAUUUAAGGCCAUAGUCGCUGAACUAGAAGCAUAAUUGACUUGAGCGUUUUCCAGUUGGGCUGUUUUAACCUUAAAGGGACACUCCAGGCACCAGUAAGUGUUAGGCAGAAUAUUGCACCAUAAGUCUGCCUCCUUAUCAACUCCCUCUCAUGCCAAAAAGAUGUCCUUACCAAUGGUAUGCACAAAAUCUCAGCCCCAACAGCACUAAGUGAGCUCUUUUUAAUUCACAACCUAGCUGUAGACAGUCAAAGAAACUGCAAACACAGAUAUUGAUAUCCGUACUAUAUGCUUCCCUGGGUGUCCUCUCCUUCUAGUGCAGGUUGUUUUGUUGUUUAAAUCAUUAAGUACUGGCAGUGGCUGGGCUGUGUGCAUACUAUUUUGAUAAAGAAGUCUUUUUCUGGAGUGAGGAUGUGUGGCAUAAAUGGCAGGCUUAUGGUGCAGCAUUCUACAACUCAUUUAUUGGUACCCGGAAUUUCCCUUUUAAUUUUAAUUUACUUUCAUUUCUCACUUUAGUGAAUUAACCCUGUGUGUUGGAAUUUCAUUAAACUUCCAAUGCAUUCAAAAGAUAAAGGAACUACUUUUUUCUUAUGUUAAAAUCCUACCUUGACAAAAGGUGGAACCAGGGCCGUCUUUAACGUGGGGCAAACAGGGCAGCUGCCCUGGGCCCUGUUACAGCUUGGGGGACCAAGGCAGAUGUUCUAUUUGCCUUCUAACCGCAACAAUUUCUUUUGGGAUCACCGAUCCUAACAUAAAUUGUUGCGGGCAGCGGGCAUACCUGCACCUGAGAAAGACCUAAUACUGGUUGAAACAUGUUGUGCUAGAAUUUGAUUUGUUUUUAAAACUAAUUGUUAAUAAAUACUCAUCUUUUUUUUUUUUUUUUUAUUCUUUUUUUUUUAUUGUGCAAGUAUCAACAUUCAAGCUUCAGAUGCCACAUCAGCAUUAUCCAGCAUAGUAUAACAGAUAAAGGGUAUUAUUAGUAUGGCAUCAAUAGAAGUUGCACAUUUUUAUAUUAUAAUGAUAACAGGCGCGGAACAAUAACAUAACAAAUGUCAGUUAGUGAAGUAAACAACCUGGUGUGGUAAGCAAUCCAUAUUAACUGACGUAUUUAUAAUCAGUAUUAGUUUAACAAGCAUGAGUGUACGUGUCUAUAGUUCCUGAAGCUGUUUCAGCGCAUUUUAUGGUUAUGGUACGAGAGAGCUAUGGCGCAGUCUGGCGGUGUCAGUGACAGUUAAAUCUGCGAAUGCCUGCCUACGUGUCUACGAUUAAGGAUAGGUUGAUACUGAGGCAGUAUGUGAGAGCAUGUGUGCAUCAGUUGCUCAGUGUUUGCUUUGCUCGUGUUAUCUUUUGAACCAAGUAGGUUCAGCUUGAUCCACUGUAGUGGAGUAAAUAAAAAAAGAAAAAGAAAAACAUAAAGGAACUCUGCAUGAGAAGCAGAAAGUGCACAUGGUAGCAUAAAUCUUGCUGGAGGGUUUGGUCUGCAUAUAGGGUCUUGCCCAUAAGGUCCUUUGUGAUAGGUGUGGGAGUCCAGUUAACGUUUGCUGGGGGGUAUGGAGAGGCAGGGUAUUUUGGCGUGUUGAGCCUGGUGCUUCACAUGUGGAUAUUCCUGGUGUCCUUUAGGCGAUGCCUUUCAGGGGAAAGUCAAAGUCCCAUCUUGUGGAGCUAAGUAUCCAGCUCUGUGAGGCAAGUCCCAAUAAGUGAGUGCCUUGAUGGUAUGUCAGACGGUGGGGGGCAUUCAACCUUCCGUUGCGUAUUGCCAUCUGGUUGGUGGGUCUCCCGCCUAAUUUGUGGGUGCCUUUCUGCUUUGACCGUUUGUAUACUGCCUUCUUCCGUUGGCGGCAUUGCAGCUUGAUGCGGGCUACCCCAGGGCUCUGAGCUCUGCGUCUGCCGCCGGGGAUUCCGAGUGCUUGUGCAGGCAGGUAAGUCUCUAGGGGCGUCCGGAUGGCUGGUCCCUGGCUACUCUUGGUGUGUCUCCACACUGUGGUCCUUUUCUGGUGUUUGACCGUCUUGGGAGCGGAGUCUAGGGGGAUCCCUUUGCCCCUCUCUGCAACCUCCCUAGUCCGGCCCUGUAUUGUGCUAUCGGGUGGUAUCUCUGGUGUCGGGGGCCCAGAAGUACCUCUAGCUUCUCCCACAAUAAUCCGAAGAUGUAGUUUAGUCUGGUCUCUGUUUCUCUGGCAGCAUAGCAGUAGGCUGUGGUGCUCGAUUUGUUCGCCAUUUUGUAUGUCUUAGUCACGACCUCCGGACAUUGCGCCAGUCUCACAUGGGGAUAGCUUGUCUAUGUGCUUGAUUGGGGGUAGCCCGGGAUAAACCCCACCGGGCCAAAGGGGGGGGGGGGACGAGGGCUCCAAGACAGGGUUCCAGUCGAUUUUGAACUUCAGGAGAGCGUCCGGCUCUCCCGCAUGCGCCAUAUUAGUAGGCCCUGCCAGGGUGACGGGUGCGUACCUCUUAAGUUGGAAGUUGAUUGGUGUCUGCGUGUGCACCCCGGUGUACCCCUGCACUGGGUAAUCUUUGUUUGUCGUUUUGUUGUCGUUUUAUUUUCUUUAUCUUGCUUUUGCCGUUCCUGGUGGCCGGAGCUGCUGAGGCAAGCGUCCUCUCUGCUCUGUGGCCAGGCCCCGCCCCAAAUACUCAUCUUCUAACACUUACCUCGGACUCUGGCGUUCCUGUGUUGCAGCAGUGCCGAGUUCCUGAGGCGUGUGACUAUUGGAAAUUCCACUUAAUAGCUCCUUGAUUAGAUGAAAAGUGCCAUAAGUACCGAGCCAACUUUAAAUGAGCUCUGAAAAUUGUGAGUUUGCUGAAAAUCUCUUUACAUACAUAUACUUUCUUUAUACAGGUUACACUAUGUGUGUGUUUUAAUUUAUUUAAUACAGGAAAAAGAAACUCCAUUGUAUUGGUUACCAGAGAAAUAUUGUUUAUAAGGUAAACCAAAAGUUUUCUGCGUCCGCAAAUCACCUUAUCUGUUUUCCAAUUUUAUAACGUUUUAAGUGUAAAUAGUGACAUUGCACUUGGGUAAUUUUUAGCUGCACCGGAAUUUUAUCACAAUAAGCGUCACCCUGUCUUUCAUUCUACUACCUCUAAGGUUAACUCAGCAUAUCUGUACCCACAGAUCACCACACACUAAACAGCGGUAUCACCAUCUGGGUGUCUUCUCAAAAUACGCAAAGAUGCCAUAAAGUGACUGUCAGAAUACCUGUCCCUUGCAGCGCCAUGUGAUCAUGGAAGUGAUGUCUCUGCUAUGUUCUAAAGCACACCCACUCAUCCCUAGCGCCUCAUUAAGACAUAAUAUAUGACAUGGAACCCUCCAAUUGAUCUUGUUUUAUAAUGUCAGUCUUUGUAGCUCUUUGUGUUUAUGUGCUGUAACCAUCAUAACCCCAUAAAGAGUAUAUACAGGGAGUGCAGAAUUAUUAGGCAAGUUGUAUUUUUGAGGAUUAAUUUUAUUAUUGAACAACAACCAUGUUCUCAAUGAACCCCAAAAACUCAUUAAUAUCAAAGCUGAAUAUUUUUGGAAGUAGUUUUUAGUUUGUUUUUAGUUAUAGCUAUGUUAGGGGGAUAUCUGUGUGUGCAGGUGACUAUUACUGUGCAUAAUUAUUAGGCAACUUAACAAAAAACAAAUAUAUACCCAUUUCAAUUAUUUAUUAUUACCAGUGAAACCAAUAUAACAUCUCAACAUUCACAAAUAUACAUUUCUGACAUUCAAAAACAAAACAAAAACAAAUCAGUGACCAAUAUAGCCACCUUUCUUUGCAAGGACACUCAAAAGCCUGCCAUCCAUGGAUUCUGUCAGUGUUUUGAUCUGUUCACCAUCAACAUUGCGUGCAGCAGCAACCAUAGCCUCCCAGACACUGUUCAGAGAGGUGUACUGUUUUCCCUCCUUGUAAAUCUCACAUUUGAUGACGGACCACAGGUUCUCAAUGGGGUUCAGAUCAGGUGAACAAGGAGGCCAUGUCAUUAGAUUUUCUUCUUUUAUACCCUUUCUUGCCAGCCACGCUGUGGAGUACUUGGACGCGUGUGAUGGAGCAUUGUCCUGCAUGAAAAUCAUGUUUUUCUUGAAGGAUGCAGACUUCUUCCUGCACCACUGCUUGAAGAAGGUGUCUUCCAGGAACUGGCAGUAGGACUGGGAGUUGAGCUUGACUCCAUCCUCAACCCGAAAAGGCCCCACAAGCUCAUCUUUGAUGAUACCAGCCCAAACCAGUACUCCACCUCCACCUUGCUGGCGUCUGAGUCGGACUGGAGCUCUCUGCCCUUUACCAAUCCAGCCACGGGCCCAUCCAUCUGGCCCAUCAAGACUCACUCUCAUUUCAUCAGUCCAUAAAACCUUAGAAAAAUCAGUCUUGAGAUAUUUCUUGGCCCAGUCUUGACGUUUCAGCUUGUGUGUCUUGUUCAGUGGUGGUCGUCUUUCAGCCUUUCUUACCUUGGCCAUGUCUCUGAGUAUUGCACACCUUGUGCUUUUGGGCACUCCAGUGAUGUUGCAGCUCUGAAAUAUGGCCAAACUGGUGGCAAGUGGCAUCGUGGCAGCUGCACGCUUGACUUUUCUCAGUUCAUGGGCAGUUAUUUUGCGCCUUGGUUUUUCCACACGCUUCUUGCGACCCUGUUGACUAUUUUGAAUGAAACGCUUGAUUGUUCGAUGAUCACGCUUCAGAAGCUUUGCAAUUUUAAGAGUGCUGCAUCCCUCUGCAAGAUAUCUCACUAUUUUUGACUUUUCUGAGCCUGUCAAGUCCUUCUUUUGACCCAUUUUGCCAAAGGAAAGGAAGUUGCCUAAUAAUUAUGCACACCUGAUAUAGGGUGUUGAUGUCAUUAGACCACACCCCUUCUCAUUACAGAGAUGUACAUCACCUAAUAUGCUUAAUUGGUAGUAGGCUUUCGAGCCUAUACAGCUUGGAGUAAGACAACAUGCAUAAAGAGGAUGAUGUGGUCAAAAUACUCAUUUGCCUAAUAAUUCUGCACUCCCUGUAUACUUGCUGGUUGUCCUUGUUUCCUUGCCAUGUCUUGGUUUCUAUUUACCUGAGUGUGUUUUUGUCUAUACUUACCUUGGUUUUUGACUUUGGUUUGCCUGACUAUUCUUGCUCUCUGUUAUGCUGACCUUGGCUUGUUUCUCAUUUCCGUGUACCUCUGAUAUCCCUGACCUUGAGCUUUUUACGUUUAUUCUGUCUCUUCUUGCAGACAUUCUGCCUUAUAUUUUAAGUGCUAGCUAGCUAUUUUAAGGACCUGUACACAGUCAUACUUUUAUCUUUAACCUAGGUUUGUAUGUUAGGUCAGGUCAGGCUUGAAAGUAACAGGGCCUCUUUAUCCGUUAAUGACUUUAGGACGUGUCAGUACAUCCUAACUAUACCGGGCGUACUGUUUUGGUGUGAACAGGGUUAAAUCAGGUUCUAAUGCUUUGGUGUGAACAUGGUUUAAUCCCUGUUCACACCAAGGAGUCCUAGGUAUCAAUCGAUACCUUGGGCUGUCGUCUGUCAAAUAUGGCAACAUUUAACCCCUUAAGGACCAAACUUCUGAAAUAAAAGGGAAACAUGACAUGUCACACAUGUCAUGUGUCCUUAAGGGGUUAAUAGUCCCAGUCUGACCAAUGAGCUGAAUGCAGUACUUAAAAGGAGCACUCUAUACAGCCUUUAAAUCCUUGUGAAACACCAUAGCUGAGCAUAUUGCACUUAGCUGGACUGACAGAUGUUUAAAAGGGACACCCAGAGCCUGGACAGACCCUGAAACAGUCUUCCAUCAUGUCCCCUUUGCCAGCUGUAAUUGGUGCUGGGCUUUGCCAACUGCACAGCACCUACCACAGUGGAGUCAGCACUCUGGAGAUUCAGCAUUACAGCUAAAUGCAUGGGAUGCUGAAAACAGCCAGUAGAUUGUGGCAACAUACCACUCUACUAAUUUUUUAACUAGUAAACCUAGUAAAUAUAUAUGAUAUUGAAAGAAGCUUAUUUCUGUCCUUUAGAAGGCGAUAUGUAAUAUGUAUGGGAGCACUAGAGAAACCCUUAAUGUACUGUUGAACAAACUUGUAGAGCAAAUUCUAGGUUUUGUUUUGGUUCAGAACUUGGACAAUUGCCUCUGUCCUUAAGUUAUUAAGUGACAGCAAUGUUAAAAUUUGCUAUUUAAUGGCCAUACUUUAUAUGUAUACAUUAUUCCAGAAUGCCUAAAUCUGUAGUACCAUAUACUUGCAUCUUUUCUAUAUCUCCCAAAUGUACGUGUUUGGGAUGGAGUCCUUUGGCACUCAAUUAUGUGUGUGGGGAGGGGGGUGUAAUGGUGCAAUAAUUUUGGGAGGAUUAGCUACACAAAAGAUCCACCCUACUAUCAUUAGGAGAGGAGCUUUCCGUCCCACCAAGAACAAAACAAUAAACUCUAGGAACUAUAUUUAUGCCACAGGUCUGAAGUUCAAGCCUCCUGAGUAUUUGACUUUGGAUAACCUUAUUCUAGCUGGGUGGAUUAUCCAUACGAACUGUCUAACCUUGUUGUUCAAGGCUUUCCUAUCCUUCCUGGAAGCUCUUGAAAAAAAGUAUAGGAGUUUUGGGAAGCUUACAAUCUUGCCCAUAAGUGAAUGUGGAAGAGAUUGCCAUCUACUCAGCUCGUUAUAUAAUGGUUGUAAUAUAGCUGGUAUGUUAGUUUGGUAUAAUGUGGAGAGAUAUUUAUGGAUGUUAACUCUGAGGUAUUUUAGUGUAGUUCGGGUUCAGGUUAAUGGAAUGGAGGAUUGAAGAGAGGAUGGAGAACCUCUGCCUAGGUAAAUGGCUUUUGAAUUAGACAAAUUUAGUGCAAAAUCCAUUGUAUUUUGGUAGUCAGUUAAUAAGUGGUGUAUAAAGGGUAGGGAGUGGUGUAGAUUGCCUGUGAAUAAGAGCCAGUCAUUAAAGAAAGCUGAGACCCUCAACACAGUCACCCGAUGGGAUACCUUGAUAGCCAGAAAUGCCGUCUAUAACUCUAAGGAGUAAAUCCAAAGCUAUAUUAAACAGGAGAGAGGAUAGUGCCUAACCCCCCUUCCUAAUGUAAAAUAUGGGGAAUUCAGGUUAUUUGUUGUUAUACAAAUCUGGGGCCUGUUCUUUAGUUUUUUUUAUGAAUGCCACAAAGGUGAUUCCAAAGUAGCAAAGCUUGAGAACUUUUAUUAAGUUUGACCAAGCCACUGUGUCAUAGUGUCAAAUGCUCAUCAGAGAGGGACAGUCGAAAGUGGAUUCCCCACCCAAAGAUCAAGCUACCUCUACCAGAGCCCAUCCACUCCCACCACCAAGUGUUGCACGUGGAACGCUACCAGGUGUUGAGUUAAUAUGUGAGGAAGGAAGCUCUGGAGACAGAAGGCCAAUAUACCUGAUAGAAUUUUCAUAUCAAGAUUCGGAAGUAAAAUAGGCCUGUAGGAGUUCUUGUGAGUGUGGUGUCUGUCCGGUUUGGGUAUUAGGACCAUCUGAGGUAGAUUGAGGGAGUCCACUGAGUGGCCAUCUAGGUAUAUAUGAUUGAAUAGUGGAGUUUAAACAGUGCCAAUACAAAGCUUCAAGAUUUGAAAAUGUUCUGCUGUGAGGCCGUCAAAACCAGGGGCUUUUCCAUUAUGAAAGGAGGCAAUGGCGUUUUGUGCUUCCUGAUCAGUUAUAGGGUUAUUCAGGAGUUAAUGAUAUUCUUUGUCUGAGAAACAUUUUUUAAAAACCUUACCUUUCAGAUGAUUAUCUGAUGUUGAAGUGUAUAGGGCCUUGAAGUGGAACAGGGCAUUAAUCUGGGUGUGGAAUGUCAUUUUUAUCCCUUGUGAUAAUAUAAUAGAGGUAAUUGAUUUAAAUUUAGUGAUUGGAUUGGCCAUGCUCACCAACAAUCGUCCGGGCCUUCCAUCACAGCAAAUGAAGUGUUGCCUCUGGUAGCUUGUUUACACUUAUUAAGCAACGAGUCUUCUGCUGUCUGUUUUGCUGUUGUUUAAGUGUAUUCUAAUUGAAACACAUUGAGCGUGUUUUGAAGUGGUAAUAAAUAAUAAAUCUCAGUGCCAUUUUUUUUGUGGAGAUUACAUAUUAGAUCAUUUGUCCCUGAAGUACUGCCUUUGAGGUAACUAAGUAACUGUGGGUCAUCAGAAUAAAGUUGUUGUCUUUAAAAUUUCACCAACUAAAUUUGGUGUGAGUUUGGAAGGAAGGAUUUGGAGAUCCAGGUGUGUAUCUGGAUCUUUAGAAAUGUGUCAGUUCUUUGCUCUGUGAAUUUCUUGCAGCAAGGAGAUGAUGUGUGGUUGGUGGGCCGCCAAGUCGGUGAGAAUUUUCUUUCGAUUCAUUAGAGGGUUGGCAUCCCGCACAUUCCAUGAAAGGAAGAUUCUGAAGAUAUUAUGUAUGCAUUCAGAGAGGUAAUUUUAUCCAAUUCCCUAUUUCGGCUUGCCUCCAGGAGGUUUUUGAUAUUUUAGGAUCAGACUCCGAGCGAGCUGGUAGUCCUGGGGAAGAUUGAGCCAACAAAAACAGUAGCCUUGCUGCAAGAACUUUGUACAGGUAUGAAAGAACUGUUCCAUGAUUAGCCUUGACUUCAUUCUUCCAGGUGUGGUGAAGCCUGUGGUGGGGAAACAGGACAUGGUUGAGGAAGAGGUCAGCUUCAGUGACUGAGGUGGUAUAGAGGGACCUUCACACAUUUUGCAGGUGUAAUGUGGUUUGGUAUGUUAGGGCUAAUUGGAUGCCUUUUUUGUAAAUUUGAAUGCAGAUUGGGGCCAAUGCUUUUCUUUUCUGGGCUUAAGAAUAAUUGACUUUGGUAUACAAGUUGUUUAGGGUCUUUUUUAAUGCUGUUAAGAUCUUUGUGAUGUUGUUGUAGUUGAGAAAUUUUACUAUAACAGGACUUGGUUUAGUGAGAUCCUUGUUUUGUUCUGUGCCCACCCAGUGAGCUCUUUCAAUGGGUAGUAUGGGAUCUGAAGAGCCAGAUAGGUCAGGCGACUCUUGCAUCCAGGUUUGAAUGAACUGUAAAAGUUCUUGAGGAAUGCCUAGGAGGUUAUUUCUCCUAAUUUGAUUUUUCAGAUUAUCUAAUUUGUCUUGUAGAGUUGUUACUGUGGAUUGUUGAAACUGGUAGGAGCUUAACAAGGGAACAGUAGGCAAUGGUUCAAAAUUGUAAACAGGUGUAACAUCACCACUUAAGCCAGCAUUGGUGACAGUUGUGACCUCGGGUAUUUUUGAAUAGUUAGGAGGGGAAUCAGCACUUUUGGUAUAAAUACCCAUAAAAAUUCUGCAAGGUAAUUUUUUUCAUUCAGAGUUUGACUAAAUUCACUUGACCAGGUGAUCGGUGGUGAUAUUUGGCUUGGAAUGGAGGUUUGUGGAGAGGUAGGUGUUUUAAAAAUCAGUUCUGUAAAGUCCUGUAAAAAUUCUGCAAGGGGUUACCAUACAGCCAACAUCCAAAAUAAAAUGUUAUCCUUCAUAGCUUUUGAUGUUUAGCUGUCAGCACUAGGGUAUAGGAUUAUGUUAGGAAACUAUCAGGAUGCGCCAGUAUCUUUGGGCUAAUGGCUCGUAAAAAUUAUCCCACUGUGUGCAGUAAUUCACUUGUGGCUCAUAUUCUGAGGGUUGAUGGUAGUGAUGGGAAUGGGCGUUGGAUUGGAAAGUUACUCCCAGUGUGGCUUUUAAGGGAUGAGUUUCUUGGUGGUGGAAGACUGGAGACAGCCAGACUAAGACUGUGCUCAAGGUGGAGAGUGAUAAAAGAACUAAUUGAACAAAAGUAUGUGCAGGGUUUGGCUGGCGGUGUUUGCACUACCUUGUCAGGGACGGUUAGAGAGGGUGCUUAGGGGGUGAGUGUGGAAGCAGGUGCCUGCAGUGGCAUUAUUGGCAUCAGUGGUGAAGGCCUGAUGUGUUUGGAGUUGCAGGCCCUGUCAAUGCCUUGCAUGUAGGCCUGGACUUCCAGUUUGGGGCCAGAGGAAUCCUACAGAAUGCCUUUCAAAAAGGUAUGAGCGUGAGGGUUGGCUUGUCGACUCCUCAGUGAGGUGUUUUUUUGGACCUGUUGGUGGCAGUUUGGGGGCCAGAUGGCUAUAUAUGAAUAUUGUGGCUCGGAGGUCUCGAGGUGUGGUCAGUCAAGAUGGCGGCGAAACCUGAAGUCUCAUCCCACCCAAUUUUAACAUUACUUUCAUCCCGUUUUGUAGUGACAUUUUAAAUGUUGUUCUUGUGAACAUCAGUGUAAUGUCACGGCGUUCUUAUAAAUGCAACAACAUUAUGGAAUUGCUAUAAAUUAAUUUUGGAAAUCUGAAAACUAUAUUUACAUAAUUUAACUGGUCUGUAUUUAUUAUCAGAACACAACUAUUUUGACCUAAAUUUUUCAGAUUUGGCUUGAAUUCAAUAAACUUUAUAAUUUUGCAUGCUUUAAAAUAUUCACUCAGCUUGCCAGGAUUAGAUGACAGAAAAAAAUACAUUAGUUUACCAGUCAUAGAAUCUUUAGUGGUGCUAUAGCUCCAUCUAGUGGUGUGAGCAUAGAACAAACUAAAUGCAGCAUGUACCAGAGAUUUUCAUUUGCCAUUAUUGUCGUUUGGAGCAAAUGUAAGUUUACAGGAGCUUAUACACUAAAGUCCUAAUGCACCCAGUCUAAAUUUGCAAAAUGUAUAUGGAUCUGUCCAAGGACAUUCUGGUGGCAAAAUCUGUUGAUACUCUUUAACAAUGUCAUGAUAGAACUACAAUUUCAUUCAAAACUUUACCUCCCCUAAUUUCUGUUCAUCCAGAAAAAACUUGGUGCUUCGCAAAGAAAAAAGGAUUGGGGGAACUCCAGAAAAAUGGUGCUUCCGUAGUGACCAAUAUUAAUGCAUGAUACAAAUUAAAUUACUGGAUAUGGAAUCAAGACCAUAUUCCUUUUGGGGUUAAGCACAUCACUCAAGCCUACAGCUUCAGAGGCCCCUUUGGAGGUGACCACAGGUGUGUUUUGGAUAGAAAUGUCACUUUUAUUAUAAUCUCCAUUUAGCACAUAUUGAUUUGCAUUGUGAGUAUAUCCAUCCACUAACACUAACACUUUAAUUGUUUAGUUUUUAGACUGUUUUUAAUUGCCUUUAUCUCAUUAAUUUUGUAUACUCACAAUGCUCUUACAAUAGAUUAACUUAAUAUACUUUAUCUUAUUUAGAACUAUUUAUAUGUCUCCCACAUUUAGAUUUAGUUUAGGACCCACCGACAUUGGGAUACUGUGAAGAAGUGGUGGGCUUAACACAAUAUGGCCAUAUGGUGGAACUGAAUCCCCAUAUUUUGUCUUCUGAGAUAGGCGAUUUAAGUAGCCUUAUAAGAAUAUUAGUGUAUUUUUUAUGUGUGCGCUGUAAUUGAAUUUGUAUAAAAACCUUGUGCUUCGUGAAUAACCCUUACAACAAAGGCCAACUACUACAACUACUAGUAAUUUAUAUACUUUUGUUGGUUUGUUAAUAUAGGUAUUAAUUACACAAAUAUAUUCAUAAAACACGAACAGUUUGGUAUGUUUUUUGUUUGUAUGUUAAAAGAGCCAUUUGAUCCCAAUAAUAACCUCUGCUUAUUAUAGUUGUGAUUGAAGCAGUAGUGUCCGGGUGCCAUCUUUCCUUUGUGGUAAAACUAUUUUAACACAGUUUAACUUUGACGUUUAUCCCCUUGUAGCUGACACCGCAACCCCUGAAUUCCUCCCUCAUGGCUGCCACUGUAUGCUUAAAGGAUCACUAUAGUGUCAGGAAAACAAAGCGGUUUUCCUGACACUAUAGUGCCCUGAGGGUGCCCCCACCCUCAGGGUUCCCCUCCCGUUAAAACCCCUUCAGCAGCUUACCUUAAUCCUGCGCCGGGCUCCCUCGGCCCUGGUGACCUCUCCUCCCCCGCCGACGUCAGCUGCCCCGUCCGAUGUCAGCGGAGCCAAAUGCGCAUGCGCGGCAUGCGCAUUCAAAGUGUCCAUAGGAAAGCAUUUCUCAAUGCUUUCCUAUGGACGCUCGGCGCGAUGGAGGCAUAAUAUGCCUCCAGCGUCGCAGAUGCGCCUCUAGUUGGGGCUGGCUUAACCCCAAGUGUAAACAUUUCUCUGAAACUGCUCUGUUUGCAUCUGAAGGGUUAAAACCUGAGGGACCUGGCACCCAGACCACUUCAUUGAGCUGAAGUGGUCUGGGUGACUAUAGUGUCCCUUUAAGAUUUUGGCAGGUGACCAGUGAUUACACUGGCCGUACACUGAAAGAAAUCAUGCAUAUUAUUCUUUCAAUUGGCUUCUAUUGGUAAGCUAAAAGCAUCAAUUUGACAUUUUUAGGAUAUCUCUGGCCACUCGGCAAAACCUUCCUCAUACUGUGGCAUCCAGGAGAGGGAAGGUCAUGUAGCACUGGGGGACCACAAGGUUAAAAAUGCUGUAAAACAGUUUAACAUUGCAAGGUAAGGCCUUAAAAAGAUAAAAAUGGUUAUGGAUUGGGAGUGUUCGUUUAACAAAUACAAUUACAAAUUUCACAAAUCUGACCACAAGUUGUGGGUUCACAACAAAAGCUUCAAUUCCAGACCUUUUUUCUGCUUACUUGAUGAAGAAAUUCAGAGGAAAUAGCCCACGCCUGUCCAUGAAACAGCUUUUGAGUCAAUUAUCCAGUUACUUUUGGCCCGUUGAAAAAGAGGGGGUUACAUAUUAAAGAGCUGUAAUUCCUAAACUCUUACUCCAAUUUGGAUGUGCACUGCAUUUUAAGCUCAUAUUCAUUAUUUAACUGUAACUUGAAUUUAUUUUGGUAAACAUCCGAAAUAACAAAUAUUUCCAGACCUAACUGUAUGUUUAAAUAUUUAUAGACACACUUUAAUGUUUCAGGGCCCUAUAAAAUUAUAUAAAAAUAUGAUACACUUAUCAGGGUUACCCCCUUUUUCUGUCCUGGAUCCUCCCCCUACAAACAAGCUUCCAACUUCUCUACUUAUGAUACACUUGUAGAUUGAUUUUUCACUAGGUUAUAUUAAAUGUGAAGUUAAAUCAGGCUUACUUAUAUAUUGUUGUACUGUAUAUAUGCAAUAUAUUUCUUCUGCUGUAUUACUGUUAUACUGUUAAAUUUCAGGUAGAGGAAGAAGAACCUACUGGCUCUAUCCGAUUUGAAAAGUUCCUACCAAUGAUGACAAAAGUAUUACUAGAAAGAAGGUAUGAGAUUAUAGUUUGCUAAUAGUUUACAAAUCAUGUUUAAAGAAAGAGUCCGUCAUUAUAAAUAAAUCAGUUUAUAUUUAGUACUUAAUUGUUCUGUUGCCACUUUAGAUUAUAUCUGCCCCCCAAACCCAAGAUCUCUAAUACGUUUGCAGGAGGAUCCCUCACCACAGCUCUCUUCCUUCCCUUUGAGAUGAUCUCCCAGCCAAUCCAAUACUUCUCAAAGAGAAACAUUGGGACAAUUACAAUAUUUCUGAUUGAAAAGCAUUGAAACCAAUGCUUUUCUGUCAGAAUCCCCACAUCUGCUCAUGUGCUUGGGUGAGGACUAAUCUAGGUACAGUGAUACAAUGAACCUUAACAAAUCAGGGUUUAGAUAAGGAUCCAUGUGUAUUCUCAGGACAGGUAGUUCAGGAUAAGUAAUCUCUGACAUUCCAAUAUUUAUUCACUCAUGGAGGCCUCUUGGGGUUAGGUCUUUUAAAGUAGUUUAGGCUGCAUCUCGAGAAAUGAAAGUAUGAAAAACAAAGUAAGCAAGAGUUUCAGUGGUUCACAAGGCGCAAAAAAAAAACAACCAAACUCGAACAAAUUAUAAAAACAAACGGAAAAAAAGAGAGUAAAAUAUACCUAUCUGUAAUAUAGUUUCUCAGUUGUCCCCUACAAAACACCACAGAAAAAGUAUUGCCUAGCCCCAACAACAAGUCUGAAGGCAUCAGAAGCCGUACAAAUGCAGUUUUUUUGUUGUUGUUUUUUUUAAACAAACAGAAUGUAUUCUUAGUGGCUAGAUGGUACUAAAUUGAGUAAGGAGGGGGAUGGGCAGGGGUAUAUUCUGCUUUCCUGAGGGUGUCCGCAGCAUCUGGGAAUGCCUGUUUGUAGUGUUGGUUAGUUCCGUAGAGCAGGUGACUUAUUGUGCUGCAGGGUCCCCAGGCUUGUGAUGUUCAGGUGAGUCACGGUGUGUCAGGAGGUGUAUAUCUCCAGAAAUCAUUUGACCUCUCCAAAUGUCAGGCCUGUUGUUCAGGUGAUGGCCUUAUGAGGUGGCAUGUUUGCUGAGGACCGUGGUGUAAAGUCAGGUCACAUUGGUUCCGAUUGUGCUGGGAGCCGCACGGAAGCCCAUAUCUUGCAGAUGCCUCUCCAGCUCCUGGUAUGUUCCGGCCUUGCGGUGGAUCCCCUGGGAUGUAAAUAGAAGGGCUCUUGGUGUGCCCCAUAUGUAUGUGAUGGAGGCCUCUAUAUUUGAAGCAAGGUCUAGUUACCAGUGGGGUACCUCAGGGAUCUGUACUUGGACCCAUUCUCUUUAAUAUUUUUAUUAGUGAUAUCGCAGAAGGUCUUGAUGGUAAGGUAUGUCUUUUUGCUGAUGAUACUAAAAUUUGCAACAGGGUUGAUGUUCCAGGAGGGAUAAGCCAAAUGUCAAAUGAUUUAGAAAAAUUAGAAAAAUGGUCAGAGCUGUGGCAACUGACGGUUAAUGUGGAUAAGUGCAAGAUAAUGCACAUUGGACGUAAAAACUCAAGGGCAGAGUAUAGGAUAUUUGAUACCCUACUAAACUCAACAUCUGAGGAAAGGGAUUUAGGAGUAAUUAUUUCAGAUGACUAAAAGGGAGGCAGGCAAUGUAAUAGAGCAGCUGGAAAUGCUAGCAGAAUGCUUGGUUGUAUAGGGAGAGGUAUUGGCAGUAGAAAGAGAGAAGUGCUCAUGCCAUUGUACAGAACACUGGUGAGACCUCACUUGGAGUAUUGUACGCAGUACUGGAGACUGUAUCUUCAAAAGGAUAUUAAUACUUUAGAGAGUUCAGAGAAGGGCUACUAAACUGGUUCAUGGAUUGCAGGAUAAAACUUACCAGGAAAGUUUAAAGGAACUUAACAUGUAUAGCUUGGAUGAAAGACUAGACAAUGAGGAUAUGAUAGAAACAUUUAAAUACAUAAAGGGAAUCAACUCAGUAAAGGAGGAGACUAUAUUUAAAAGAAGGAGAACUACCACAACAAGAGGACAUAGUCUUAAAUUAGAGGGGCAAGGGUUUAAAAACAAUUUCAGGAAGUAUUACUUUACUGAGAGGGUAGUGGAAUGGAAUAGCCUUCCAGCUGAAGUGGUAGCGGUUAACACAGUGAGGGAGUUUAAGCAUGCAUGGGAUAGGCAUAAGGCUAUCCUAGACUUAAGAUAAGACGAGAGACUAAUUAAAAGUAUUUUGAAAUAUUGGGCAGACUAAAUGGGCCGAAUGAUUCUUAUCUGCCGUCACAUUCUUUGUUUCUAUGUUUCUCUAAUACGGCGACCCUUUUUGGCACGCUUUCCACGGCUUCUUUGAUGCGGGCCAUAUCUGCUGAGAUGUUGGAACGCUGCUCAGCGAACAUGCUCUUGAGUAGGGUUGCAGUCACAGGGUCCCGAUCCUCUGUCUGUGGAGGCCACGGUCCCGAUUUCGGGCCACUUGAGACCCGAAUGCAGUUUUAUUGAGGUAGAUCAGAAAAUGUUGUGCCAGGAUACAGUUGUCCUUUAAUAUAAAACAUAAUUUUUGUAACAAAUAGUAUACUUUACUAUUUUCAUUAAGCACCAUUUGUACUUUUAUCCAGUCACCUCUGAUUUACAUGUUGCUUUUAUUUCUGUUUUAUUACAGAUAUCGACCAGUUACUGAGGAUGUUCUUCUUCGGGCAUUUGAGGUUUGUUUUCAAUUGAGUGGUUAAAUAUACCAAUGUACUUUGACACUAUGACCAAAUUGCUAUUUCUUCCUUUUUCAGGUUUUAGAUGAAAGCAAAAAAGGAUACUUAACUAGAGAUGAGCUUGUCAAGUAUAUGUCUGAAGAAGGUAAUACAAACCUCUUGUUUUGACUUUUGCAUAUAUUAUAGUUGUUUACGCCACCAUUGGGAAGAUGCUAUACUAUUUUAAAGUAUCUCAUCUCUUAAAAAGGAACUGUCACUUCCUCCAUUUUAGCACAAACAAAAAGUUAACUGUAGGCUGUGCUAAAUUUAUUUUAAAGUCUUUUAUAGUUUAUUUUAUUUUCAUUUAGAUGCUUUGAUUGGCAAAUAGUAUGUAAAUAAGUUAACCCUUACUGUGCUGUACACAUGGUGCACACAAGAAAGUGCUGAGCACGUGUGCAUGUACAGCAUUUUUUUUAUUAGAUACCCAAGCACACAUGUGUGCACCUGAGUACCUCUUCUGCAUUCUUUACCUUCGUGAACACUGCAAUCGUUUUUACUGGGGGUGAAGGAAAAAGAAACUGGCUUUAAAUUCGGCUUUUAAAGAACAUGGAUUUAAAAGUUUUUAUUAAGUCUUUAUAUAAGAUAAGAUAUGAAUGUUAUAAUACUCCAUUAAGUAUUUUUUUUAAUUUUAAUAUUUUGAAUGUUUUAAAGACAUCACUUGCGUAUCUUUUCCACCCUAUUUUGACAGUCACCCUUACAUUGUUAGUUACUUGACGCAGUGCUCACCAUUUUUCUUUUCAAAAUCACCUGACAAAAAUGCUGCAGGCAAUUUUGCACACAAUUUUAAAAAGCAAUGCACAGCAACAGAAUAGUGUAUUAAUGAAAGAAAAAAAGUGAUUACAUGUUGGGGUCUCCCUGCAUGUUUUUUUUGCUCUUUUACAAUUUAUAUUUGCCAACAGAAGGAUCAACUAUAAUUUGCAGAGGUAUGCAUGUUAUUUUCCGAGCAUCAUGCAUAGCUUGUAUAACUUGCAUAACUUAUUCCGAAGAAGUAGGCCAACAAAAUGUCAUAGGUAAUAUCACUGAUCUUUCAAGUGGCUUCUGAGCUCCACUCAGUGUUUUAUGCCAGUUAGUGAAUCAAUGCAGAAAGCAGUGGCGGAUCCAGAGACUGAUCUCGGGAGGGGCACUUUUAUAUUAUUUAAAGAAAUAAUCCAUGCACAAUAACCACUACAAUGCACUACAGCUCUGUGUAGUGGUUAUAGUGCCAGUAGUGCCUGGACCCCCUCCCAGAGUAAGUAGUCAAACCAUUUAAGAACAGUUUGACAACUUACCUGGGAUCUGCUGGGAUAUGGGGCUGUAGUAGGGCAUAGGAGCAGUGGUGUAAUGUGACGAGUGCAGUGUAUGUGUGUGUGGGGGCAGUGUGUGUAUGGGGGGCAGUGUAUGUGUGUGUGUUGUUUGGCAGUGUGUGUGUGGGGGCAGUGUGGGGGGCAGUGUGUGUGAGGGGGGCAGUGUGUGAGGGGGCAGUGUGUGUGUGUGUGUGUGCAUGGGGCAGUGUGUGUGUAAAGGUGUGUGUGUGUGGGGGCAGUGUGUGUGUGGGGGCAGUGUGUAUGUGGGGGGCAGUGUGUGGGGGGCAGUGUGUGUGCAUAGGGACAGUGUGUGUGUGGGGGCAGUGUGUGCGUGUGUGUGCGUGGGGGCAGUGUGUGUGUGUGUGUGGGGCAGUGUGUGUGGGGGCAGUGUGUGCGUGGGGGCAGUGUGUGCGCAUAGGUGCAGUGUGUGUGCAUAGGGGCAGUGUGUGUGCAUAGGGGCAGUGUAUGCGAGUGUGGGGGGGCAGUGUGUGUAUGGGGGACAGUGUGUGUGUGUGUGUAGGGGCAGUGUAUGGGGGGCAAUGUGUGAAUGUGUGGUGAAGAGUGUAGGGGGGCUUUUUGAUAAAAAAAUAAUUUAUAAAACUAAAUAAAUUUUAUGUCCUGGGAGGAGGGGGGACAUUUCUCCAUCCCUAGGGGUCUGGUGGGGAUUCCCUGGUGGUCCCAGUGGUAGGAGUGAACUCUAGCCUGUAGCUCCAGGGCUAGAGUUCACUCUCGCCAGAUUUGGAGCAUUGCCGUGGUAACCGCGGCAAUGCUCCAUGCUCGCAAGAGUAGGACCCGGAGGAGCUGCAGGCUGAGCUCCCGGGUCCUCUCUCACUCCCUUGGACAAUGCCACCCCUGCAUUAGCCGGCAGGGGAUAAUCUCGAGGGGGGGGGCAAUUGUCCCGUUGCCCCUACCACCCCCCCGGAUUCGCCAGUGGCAGAAAGUCCAGGUGAGAACGCUCAUGUAGAAGUAAUGUGGACACCCACACUGGUGUGCCUCCAGGAGGGUAGGGCGAAUUCCCAGCAGUCAAAUUUUGAAGAGAGAACAUGGGUACAUGAAAUGGUAUCCAAACACAGACUUUAUUUAGGAACAAGGUACACCAACGUUUUGGCUCAUCCAUUCAACGUCACUCUCUUCCCAGAUGCACAACCCAAGUGUCCAUUAACUGAGCUAGUUUGUGCUAUAAAUAUGUAGAAAUUGUACUCUGUACUAAGGCAUGAUAAAAGCUCAAUAACUGAGGCGAAACAUUGCUGUCCCUUGUUUCUACAUAAAGUCUGCCACUUGGAUAAAUUGUAAAUCGUGUGUCCAGGUUCUCUCUUCAAAAUUAGUGAAUCAAUGUGAUAUAGUUGUACGAGAAAGAGAUCUGUGCUCAAAAUAUCACAUGUCUCUCUUCCUAGUUUGACCAUGUCUUAUUGACUUUGAGGACAAUAUCACUUCUUAUUUUAUUUUGCCAGUUUUCACUAGACCAAAUGGGAGCAGUACAAAAUUAAAUCUGUGCCACUGACCUCCUCCUCCCCUUCUAAACCAUAACUAACAGUUCCCCUUUAUACUGUGUCACUAUAAACCGCUCCCCUUUAACCCUAUCUUGCAGCUAUAUAAGGAAUGUAGGAAUGCUAUUGUCACAUGCAGCAGGCAUGAUUUGUUGUUUUAUUGGAAAAAAUAUUGUUAAUCAAUGGAUGUGUGUAGUGGUGGAUACUGGAAAUGGUUACCCAUUAAAGUAGUAUUGCUGAUUACAGCACUGUAAAGAUUUUAAUUUGGUUGCCUUAGCUAGAGGAAUGUAAACCAACAUUCCUCUGGCCAGGUGUAAAAUUUUGAACCCUGGGAUAUUCACGUGUACUUUUUCCUAUACCUACCAGUUUUGGGCCUACUGGUGCUCUGCUGAAAGCACGGGCCUCUGGUCUUGAAGUAUUGAGACAAUAUUUCUGCUAAGAGUUAUAUCCAAAAAUAAAAUCAAAAAUCCAGAGGUGAAUAAUAAUAAUUUAUAAUAAUUCAGAAUGCCGAGGUUAUUCCCUAAAACAAAACACAUGACCAGUGCACCUUACCUUACGCCUUUUGGGAAGGGUGUGGCUGAGGGUACUGGGAAGUUAGUUGUUAUAAAUCACAGAAAAGUCUUGUGAGAUUGUCUGGUAUGGAACGGCUUUUUUAAUAUUUAUUUUUUUGUCCAUCUUUUUUUCAUCAAUUCGCAAACAAAUACAUAAACACAUCAAGAGAAUGGACAAGUGUUAACAAUUCCCCAUAUGAAUUUUUUUUUUCUGUACCAGGUAUACAACAAGAGAUAGGAUCUUUUUAUUGAAUUUAUUUAUAUAUAUUUGUUUCUGAAUUUGUCAAAAUGUGAAAUGGGAGGUACCAUCAAACUGGGAUCUCUACAGCCACUGUUACCCUCCACCAUGUACCGCCGGUUUGGAAACUUGAGAUUAUUGCAGCAAUUGUAAAUCCGAUGACAUGCAAUUGACUAGUGUAAUUUCGAGUAAGUUGCAAUUUUCCGUGCCAGAACUCCCUGGCAAGAUCAAUUCCUGGGCUAGAAUUGUGACUGACCUUUUUAUUUUCAUCUGUUUGUUGGUGUAUUUAACUUGUUUACAAUCUAUUCUUAUAUCUAUGCACUUUUUUCAUUUUAGUUAUAACAAAUGUUCCUUAGCUCUGUCUUUGUUUGGUAAAUAAUCACAUUACCGGAAGAAACCUAUUUUAAUAGUAAUUUUUAUAUCAUAGAUAUUUAGCAAAAUAGUUUUUUGCUGGUUUUUAAAUAUAAUUUGUUGGGCUAACCUAAUUUCUAAGUUGCUUUGGUGAUGCUUUUGAUACUAGAGAAAAAUUUGGGGAAUGUUAAGAGGGAUUUCUUUAUCAAUAUUUUGGAUCUAGUGCUGACAAAUAGUGAUUCUUUUUUUUUUUAAUGUCAGUGACACUAUUAACAUUAUUAUUGAGAGUUUGGCUCAAAUAUGUAUACUCAGAAUUCACUAGAUCAGGGUUCAGCAACCUAUGGCAUUUGAGGUGCCUUUGCAUGGCACUCAAGGCUUCUGUAGCAAAACAAGCCUAUCAGGAGUUCCAGUGGAACUUCAGAUAUCUGCUAGUGCAAAAAGGUGGUGAGGGACAAUCCUCAAUUUACAUAUUGCAGCACAUAGCUCUCUCAGAUCACUAUCUCCCAGCACUUGUGAAUGUGAAUCCACACUGAUGUAGAGCAGCCCACAGCAGCUAUUGCACCUCCUGCCCUCGACCUGUACUUGGCCAGCCUGGUCCCUACUGGACCCAUUGGAAAGCCACCAACACUGGUAGAUAUACACAGAACUGUAGACAGGGCCGCCAUCAGGGCAUGACAACCGUGACAAUUGUCACGGGCCCGGCGGCCCUGGGGGGCCCGGCGGCCUGGGCCCCGCAUGGAUCAGCGGAACUGCCGCUGGUGCACCUGCACCGGGGCCCACGCGCUGAUGGGGCCCAUCAGGUGGCCCAAUCAUUUAGGGCCACCCAAUGGGCCCUAUUAUCUUCAGGGGCCCGAUCAACGCUGUAAUAGCGCGACCGGGCCCCUUUAAAAAAAAAAAUGCAGCUGGAAGUGCUGCUGGGAGGAAGUGACGUCCGGUCACUUCCUCCCACUUUACUCCGCGCGGGAAGGAGGACGCAGCAUGAGGAGAGGCAGCCGAUGCCCAUCAUCCCCAGCCCCCCUCCUGCGACGAAAUGGUAAGGAAGAGAGGAGGGUGGCUGGGAUGAGGUGUAUGUAUUUAAGUACAUACACCUCAUUUCACCUUGUUUCACUGUCAGCACUCUCCCUGCAACGAUGAGAAGCACUUGCUGGUGGAGUAACACUGUGACACUAUGCAGGUAACACUCUUAUAACAAAGGAGGAUGUGGGGCCAGCUGGGGUACUCCACACCUUUGUCGUGUUUUUACUGUUAUUUACUUAUUAAGACUUUGCAUACUGUCUUCAUAAAUUACUUUCUAAUUUACCGUUUCUAUUUCAAGAGUAAUUUUGUAAUUGUUGCCAAUUCAUCAACCUUAGAUAAUUUCAGAGACAUUUAAAUUCUGUCACAAUUUGGUUCAAUUCAGAGAUGCUUAUUAGUGGCUAAUUUUAAUCAGUUUGGUUACCUCACUUUGCAUUAUAGUAAAUUGGGUGUGUUUGAAAGCUGUCCCAGAUUGCUCUAAAUAAUUUUGGAAAAAUAUGCUACAGCAAAUUUCACCUUUAGUAAAUAACCCCUGAAGAGAUGUGUGUUUGCAAAGCUGUUUUUACACAUCCUUUCUGCUAAUUGGUGAUAUGUACACCAUAUAUGCAGGUAGAGUGACCUUGUAGCACUUCCGUUUGCCUGUAAGAGAACUUCAAGAUCCUCAUUAAAAGACCAAACUUACUAAGGACAUGCACAGCUAUUUGUUUUAAAGUGUAAACUGUCAAUUUAAAUAUAGGCAAAAUGGGGAAAAAUCUGCUAUGUUUUUAGUUUGGUAAUUUUAGAAAUGCAAUUUGAAUUCACUUAGACUAGCGGACAAUUCACAUUUUAGUGAAUAGCCGUAUGAAUGUAGAACUUGAAGAAAAUCGAAGGAACUGAGGUUUUGCUAGCUGAAAAGAGGUUCAUAUGGAAAUUGGAGACAUGCUUGCUGCGCAUCCACACUGCCUGCCCACACAUAUGCGCACUGCAGCUUGCAAUGUAACAGAUACACACUUUCUGGCAGCAGCAUUAUAAAGGUACCAGUCAAGAUACUGCGGCAUGUAACUGACAUCAAUAAGUAGAUGGAUAGGUGCAGAGCAGACUGUGACUGUAAUACAGAACCAUCUUAUACAAAAUAGUUCAAUCAAACACAAUGAAAUAAACAACUUAUAUAAAGCUAAUAUGGAACCAGUAAAUCUACCGUGACCAGUUAUGAAGGAUGAAUUACUUUAACAGCCCCAUUGUACUUUGCGUUUAAGAUAAACAUUAUCUUUCUGUUGAAUUUCAACACCAUUUAUUGCUAGUUAAUAUGAUGUCAGUAAAGGACGAGGGAGGACCUGACUCUGCAACAGUUGUUUAGAAUGGUACGUGUAUCGAAAGAGGAAAGUAAAGUUCAUCAUUAACUGAAAAAAGAAUGUAUUACUUUAGCAUCUGCACAUUUACAUGAAUAUUUCACUUAUUACAGGAGAAAUAAGCUUCAUUCUAAAAUAUACACUCACAUUACGACAAUUUUAGCCGUUGAAUAGCUUAAACUACCGUAACUUUAGGCAGACCUAUGACCUGAAGAAAACUUUGAGUUAAAGUAUGAAAUGGCAUCUAUAUGUUUAUAUCAACAUUUUAAAUUAUUCUGUUUGCUCCUUGACAACCAGUUUUAAAAAGAUGAUUGUCAUAGAGCAGCCAAUCAGAUUCAUGGCUGCUGUAAGGAGAAAUAUAUGACACUUUUAGCAGCACUGUGCCUACCCUUAGUGGUAUGCCAAUGUGCUAAGUCGGGUAGGACACUGAUUGCAAAAAACAGCAAGUUUGAUUGAUGAUUGGUCCACCUACAUCUAUAACAGUGUAUGUAUGCCAGUGUAUGUAUGUGUAUGCCAGUGUAUGUAUGUGUAUGUGUUUGUCAGUGUAUGUAUGCCAGUGUAUGUAUGUGUAUGCCAGUGUAUGUAUGCCAGUGUAUGUAUGUGUAUGCCAGUGUAUGUAUGUGUAUGUGUUUGUCAGUGUAUGUGAGUGUAUGUAUGCCAGUGUAUGUAUGUGUAUGCCAGUGUAUGUAUGUAUGCCAGUGUAUGUAUGUAUGCCAGUGUAUGUGUGUAUGCCAGUGUACGUGUGUAUGCCAGUGUGUGUGUGUAUGCCAGUGUAUGCCAUUGUGUGUAUGCCAGUGUGUGUGUAUGCCAGUGUGUGUAUGCCAGUGUGUGUGUAUGCCAGUGUAUGUAUGUAUGCCAAUGUAUGUGUGUAUGAAUGCCAGUGUGUGUAUGCCAGUGUAUGUGUGUAUGUAUGCCAGUGCAUGUGUAUGCCAGUGCAUGUGUGUAUGCCAGUGCGUGUCUGUAUGUAUGUAUGCCUGUCAGUAUGUAUGUAUGUAUAUAUCAGUAUGCAGUAUGUGUAUGUAUAUGUAUGUUUGUCAGUAUGUAUGUCUGCAUGCAUAUGUGUGUGUGUGUGUAUCAGUAUCUCCCUAUGCAUGUGUGUAUGUCUGUUUCAGUAUUUGUAUCUGUUAGUGUGUGUGUAUGUAUUCCUGUGGGCGGGAUUUGGAGGCGGGCUUGAAUGGGGGCCCAGACCUUGAGCUGUGUUAGGGGCCCCAAAAUUUCUGAUGGCGGCCCUGACUGUAGAAUAAGCAUCCCAUCAUUCAAAUACAAACUGUGCACACACAAACACACAGUCCCCACAAACACAAACCACUGUCAAUCCAUAUACACGCACACAACCCACAAGCAGCCUCUGACAUGCAAUACCCCAAGCAUACACAUACCACCAAACAUACUAUGUGACUUAUCAUCCACAAACACAAUUCCAUGAACAGACCCCAUGUGAAGCCCACAUCCAUAGGUAUCAUACACAAUACCCCAAAGUACUCCUGAAAAUAUACAAUGUAACAGCCCACAUGGUCACAAAUACAAAAGCUACAAAGCAACUGCAGCACCUAUAAAUAACACAAUCACAAUACGACAACAUACACACCUCGAUUUUAAAAACAAUAGGACUGGCACACCAUGGACUUCCAAUUCUUGUUUCUGCACAGUACUACUUAAAGGUUGCCUUCCCCUAAACUGCAUAGUCCUGGAAAUAAACAUAUUUAUCUCCCCCAGGUGAACCUUUCACUCAAGAGGAAAUGGAAGAGAUGAUCUCCGCUGCCGUGGACCCAGAUAAGAGUAUAGUUCUUUACAAGGAUUACAUUUUAACAAUGGUAAUAGAAGAUUCAUGAAUGCGACAACCUAAGACUUCAGCUGAGACAAUAUGGAUGGUGCUAAUAAUAUUAAAUGUAGCAGAUAAAUUUGAUAUAAUGGUACUCCUUUGAUGUUUAUUUUUGCACUGUCUUCACGCAGUAUAAUCAGAAGAUCAUUAGGUUAUGAAAAAGCAUCUCUGCCUCUCACUCUGUGUUAACCAGCCGUAACUACUCUGUGUGAAAUUAAAUAAAUGUUGUGGCAGCAUCCAUCAAACGUUUGUACGAAGUAUAAAUAGAAAAUAUACUCAUCUUUAACUACAUUCCACUGCCAGUCUGGAUCUAUUUUUUACAGCUA